AUCUAAUGUGUCAUUAUUUGUUAGAGAAAGUUCAGAGAACAUAGAAAUUUAUGGUCACCUGCCAUUUGUUCUCAACUGUCAAAAAUUGGAUAAAGCGAUUUAUUAGUUGGAUAUUGCUCAAGAAACAUGGAAGACACGAAGUCUCUUCUGAUGAUGGUGUUGCAGAAAGUAUUCCAUAAUAGACCGAAAAUAGUUGAAGAAACCUUUCAACUCAUUUAUAACUAUAACAACGGCAAAAGAGAGAAAAUAGAAUACGAGAAGACUUUAAAGACAAUUUGUGAUUUAAUGAAUGGAGAAUUAUCAUCCCAAAUAUUAGUUUAUCUUCUAACCAUGGUUGAUAUGCCCAAAGAAGGUGGUUGUCAAUUGCCCAUCAUGGAGAAGAUGCAAAAAACCCAUGGAUGCCUGGCUGAAAGUGUUCGUCCUCAUCUACUCGAAUGUCUUAAGAAUAAAAAAAUAGAUACUGAUGAAUCUGGAAAAACGCUCGACAAUAAUAAACAACUUGAAAAAAAGGUUGAGGAAAAAAAAGAACCCCGAUGUCUAAAAAAAGAAGAUACAGUUAAAAAAUCAUCAAAUGAAGAUGAAUUUAUAGUAAAGUCCGCUAAACGCACAAAAAGGGGAAUUAAAGCAGCAGCCAAAAAAAAUCAAAAUAAAUAUCUUGAAGAUCAGGGUGAACCAAAGACUGUGGAAACCUUGGCCCAGUUGAGUGCAAACUACUGCACAAGAUAUGAAGUCGAACUUAGAGAAAUGUACAAAACUAAGCUGAGUACAGCUUGGGACAUACUGUAUACAAAAUUGCUCGAUAAAUCAACGACAAAGGCAAUCUAUGAAGUUAUCAAAUAUCUCAACAGAAUGAUGAAACUUGUGAGGAUGGUGGAAAACACUGAAGUUACAACGGAGAUAAUCAAAGAAGAGUAUCCAUUAGAUAUUGAAGUUUUAGCAAGAUUGAGGCAUCAACAGGAGUUCCAGAAUCCAUUCGAUAAAAUAGACAAAUAUUUGAAAACACUGAAUGAUGAUGAUGUUCAUUGUAGUUCUAUAUUUUGAAUUUCGAAUUGUUAUUUUUUUUUAAUGUAUUCGUUUAGAAAUAAUUGUGAAUAUUAUAGAUUGAAUUAUGAAACGCAGAAUUUGCUGCAGCAUUUUUUUGUACUUUUAUUCAUUUUCGAACCAUUUGGAGCAGAAAAUAUAGACGAUUUAUGUAG